AUGCACUCUAAUAGUGUUCACCGCCAUUUGGUGUUAUUUUGUACAUUAAUAUUAUUAUCAUUGUGGUGGAAUGCGGUAAUAUGCAUUGCAGAUAAACCAUCCCGAAGAAAUUUCUCCAAAGAUGACACUUUGCUGAAGAAAGGCUUAAAGCCAUUUCCAAUGGUAUUUCCAGACUCGUUUGUUAUUAAUUUUAAAGUGACCAAUAGAGAUGAUGUCCAUCUCAGAUUUGAAGGCACAGCUGCAAUAAGAAAGAAGGAAAUAGGACUCUCUCAUAUCAAGCUUACCUCGAAUACUGUCCUUAGAGAAAUUGUCAGUGCGAGAAGUGACACUAGCCAGCAACACAAACAAAUUCUUAAGAGAUAUUUCUUUGACUCUAGCAAGUUUGCAUUCAGAGAAGUCACUCAUGAAAAUGGCUCUCUCCUUCCUUCCUCAUCUAAAUUGGCUUCUACCUCACCUUUCGAGUUUCACAAAUUAAUUGACAUUAUUGAGAAUAGUAGCUAUUUGAUUCCUGACGACAGUUCAGUAUAUGACAUUGCUGUGAACACUCUUUGCUCAUCCAGAAAGUUCCACAGAUUGAUCGUAUUUUUUGAGCAUCAGCACUAUGUUCUAUGUGUAGACAAGCAACGAAAACCAUUUAUUGUCUCUCAUAUCAUUAACAACAAUUUCAUUGUAAAUAUUACCAGAUUUAUCCCAGUGAGUGGGGAACAACCACUUUUAACAGGGCUCAACCCAGAAGAUGAGCAAUACUUCCCUCGUGGAACCUUAAAUUUUACCAAGACAGAACAAGAGAAAAUUCUGCUGUCAAACCCAAUUUAUAACACACCAGAAAAGGCGUACAUUUUCGAUCAUAAAUACUCGUGCUCUCUUGCUUGGCUACGAGAUGAUCAUUCAUGUUCUUCUUUGAAAGAAGAAGAUCCUAAGCAAAGCGUGACAAACAGAACAUGCAUUUUCUUGCAUGGUGUGGGUCAGUGGCCUUCACAAGCAGGACCUCCAGUCAACAGCUUCCCUGAUUAUUGGGGAAAGGUCAAUUCAUAUACGCCACAGUGCACAGAGAGAUGGUUUAUUCGAGAAGAGACCAAAUAUAGAGGAUGGAACAAUACGGAUUUGCAAAAAUCAUACUGCAAUCUUUCAUUGAUUAACAAUACUGGAAACGUGAUUCAAAACAAAAUCAUUUUCUCACACUCUAUGGGAACACUUAUCCUGGCUGGAGGCAUUCAAAAUGGUUUUUGUAAAAUAGAUCCAUCGAGCGUUUCUUGGUACGAUGUCAUGGGUCCUUUACAUGGCUCUAAAGCCUCUCUAUUCCUUAAAGAAAUAUGUGUGAGAGCAAAUACAUGGACAGAUCCAAGCAUUUAUAAAAUUGUGGCUGAUGAAGGCGGUUACUGCAUUGGUGGAAAUAGUACCGACGUAUUCCCGGCAUAUGGCACAUUGUCACCAGACUUUCCUGGAAUUCAAGAAUUAGUCAAAUAUGUAUCUCCCUAUGUGACCGGUCAAAUGUGUGGUACAUCUGCCUAUGGUUUAAAUUCAAUUUAUUCUGUGCCACUAUUUUUGUUAAGUGAAGUGGUGGGAUAUGGAGAAGUGAAUGAUGGAAUGGUACCCUUGUCCUCAUGCCAAGUAUUUCCUGACAAGCCACUCUCACAAGUGUAUUCAGAUUCAUAUUAUGCUGUAUCAGCUAAUCAUGCAGAUGGGACAUGCCGAGAUGGAGAUGCCUGGUGGGGAAACUCAAAGCCAUGUUCCUAUUACACAAACAAGGUAUAA